AUGUAUCUGUCGGAGAAGCCUCGCGCAAUUGAUUUCUACAAAGAAGAACUACCGCCGCCUUCUGCUUCGAGAGACAACAUGAUUAUAGAAGUCGUUUCCCCUAAUGGCGAUUUGCAGCCACUUCCUCAGCAGCAGCAGCACAGUAAUCAUCCUCCGCCUCCCCCGCCACCUCAGCCGCAGCAAAUGAUUCUAGGGGAGAGCAGCGGGGAAGACACACAUGAAGUGAGAGCUCCUAAGAAAAGAGCGGAGACUUGGGUACAGGACGAAACGCGGAGCUUGAUUGCUUUGCGAAGGGAAAUGGAUUUGCUGUUCAAUACAUCUAAAUCGAACAAGCACUUGUGGGAGGAGAUUUCGUUGAAGAUGAGGGAAAAGGGUUUUGAUCGAUCUCCGACCAUGUGUACUGAUAAGUGGAGGAAUUUGUUGAAGGAGUUCAAGAAGGCUAAGCAUCAGGAGAAAGGAAGCAGUGGAGGGUCUGCAAAGAUGUCUUAUUACAAAGAGAUUGACGAGAUUUUGAAGGACAGAGGGAAGAGUAGUCAGCCGUAUAAAAGCCCCACUCCUACUUCUAAAGUCGACUCAUAUAUGCAGUUUGCUGAUAAAGGUUUUGAAGAUGCAAGUUUAUCUUUUGGACCAGUUGAAGCUAGUGGCAGGCCAACGCUGAACCUCGAAAGACGAUUGGAUCACGAUGGUCAUCCCCUUGCCAUCACUGCAGCUGAUGCUGUUGCAGCAAGUGGAGUUCCUCCUUGGAAUUGGAGAGAAGCCCCCGGAAGUGGUGCUGACAGUCAGUCAUAUGGUGGGAGGGUGAUAACAGUCAAGUAUGGAGACUACUUGAGAAGGAUUGGCAUUGAUGGAACUGCCGAUGCCAUCAAGGAUGCAAUUCGGUCUGGUUUCAGAUUAAGAACUAAACGUGCAUUUUGGUUGGAGGAUGAAGAUCAAGUAAUACGCAGUCUCGACCGGGAUAUGCCGCUCGGGAACUACACUCUUCAUCUUGAUGAAGGUUUGGGUAUAAAGGUAUGCUUGUACGAUGAGACCGACCACAUACCAGUGCACACUGAGGAGAAGCUUUUCUAUACCGAAGACGACUACCGGGACUUUCUAAACCGACGUGGAUGGACAUGCUUGAGGGAGUUUGAUGGUUACAGAAACGUUGAUAGUAUGGACGAUCUCAGGCCUGGCGCCUUGUAUCGUGGCGUGAAUUGA